AUGGGGAAUGCAGAAGCAGUCUGGGCACUUGGCCCAUUUGUAGAAGUGAUCCAUGAAGAGCAUUUUUUUGUUUGCAACAUUAGUGUCAAAAAGGCUUCAGGCUUGAAGGAGGGUGCAGUUUGGCCCAAUAGACCAAUUUUGUUGUGCUUCUUAAAUGUUCCAAAAAAACACAAUGGGCUCAACAUGCUUCAGCCCAGCGAAAACUUAUCAGAUUAUUAUUCUAUCACUAUUUACAUACUUCUAUUAUUAAGAGAAAUAAAUAAUAAAAACAAAACAAAACGAUGUAGUUUUAUAGCUUUUGUUAGGGUUAGUGACCAUUGGUAUUUUAGAUGA